AUACUGUAGCGAGAGAGUAUCCGCCACUUGAAUCAUUCAGAGUCGUACUGUAUUGUGCUGAUCACGGUGAAGUAUAACCUUGCUGUACGAGGAAUGGCGUUGCGAACGUUUGGUACUAUAGCUGCGGACCCCUCCUUUUUCCUUUCUCGCGUCUCCCUCAUCGUCAUGAUUACGGUCGAAUCAAACUGCACGGCCGUCUUCGGACCCCCUGCUUUAGAUCAAUACGCUAUGGCGGAGACGGGGUUCUUCGUUGCUGCCAGUCUUUUCGGGCAAGCUAGUGGCGGAUCAGCCUUUCUGGCCCUUGGAACUGUUGGCGUUUUGGUCGUUGAUCUAGACGCCAUCGGGCGAGUGUACGCUUUGAUCUAGUCGACCGGGAAAAGCUUUUUCCGUUGGCCAAAUGCAGAUCAAGAGGGCGUUUGUGUCCACGUCGACUGUUAGCUAAGGUCCAAUGACAUACAUGUCAGUCCCCCUAUUCGCUUCCGCUUCCAACAUGAUCACGAGCACAGCCUUGAUCGCUUUCCGCAAGAUGAAGAUCAAGAUUCAGAUUAAAUCUCGCAGACCUGAUAAUAGAGUUGAGAGGGGGGAAUGUCAUCGUCAUCUGAUUCGACCAUAUUAGAUACGGUAUCGAGAUUAAGUUCAGAACGGACCGAUUGCAUGA